GUGAUAUUGUUUUAUUCCAUCCUAAUAUCUGCAUUUUUUUCAGUGGACACCAUUCCCAAUAAAUGGGGGCUGGAAACUACACAUCUGUGACAGCAUUCAUAAUUUUGGGGUUGACAGAAGAUACAAUAGUUUGUGCUAUUUUAUUUAUUGUGUUUCUGGGAAUCUACGUUGUUACCUUAAUGGGAAAUGUCAGCAUAAUCAUGUUAAUCAGAAGCAGUUCUCAACUUCAUACCCCAAUGUACCUUUUUCUCUGCCAUUUGGCCUUUGUAGACAUUGGGUACUCUUCAUCAGUCACACCUGUCAUGCUCAUGGGCUUCCUCAGAAAAAGAACUUCUAUCCCUGUGACUGGUUGUGUAGCCCAACUCUGUUCUGUGGUGACAUUUGGGACAGCUGAGUGCUUCCUGCUGGCUGCCAUGGCCUAUGAUCGCUAUGUGGCCAUCUGCUUUCCUCUGCUCUACUCCAUCCACAUGUCUCCCAGAGUCUGCAUUCUCCUAGUGGGAUCUUCCUACCUAGGUGGAUGUGUGAAUGCUUGGACAUUUACUGGCUGCCUACUAAAUCUGUCCUUUUGUGGACCAAAUAAAGUCAAUCACUUUUUCUGUGACUAUUCACCACUUUUGAAGCUUUCUUGUUCUCAUGAUUUUACUUCUGAAAUAAUUCCAGCAAUCUCUUCUGGAUCCAUUAUUGUAGUCACAGUGUUUGUCAUUUCUCUUUCUUAUGUCUACAUCCUUUUUUCAAUCCUGAAGAUGCACUCCACUGAGGGCUGUCACAAGGCUUUUUCUACCUGCACCUCCCAUCUCACUGCUGUCAUCCUGUUCUAUGGGACCAUUACAUUCAUCUAUGUGAUGCCCAGGUCCAGAUACUCUACUGACCAGAACAAAGUGGUGUCUGUGUUCUACACUGUGGUGAUCCCUAUGUUGAACCCCCUCAUCUAUAGUCUCAGGAACAAGGAAGUUAAAGAUACCAUGAGAAAACUGAUAGUCAGAACUCAUUAG